UUAAAAAAAAAAAAAACUAAUGAAUAAUCAAAAUAUAUACAUCAUUUUUGGUCAUGUCUUCUUCAUCAUCUUCUUCCGCACGAUUUCAGUCCGCCAGUGUUAACCUUGAUCAAUCUCGCAUUUGCCUCUCGAUUCGUCGAUACUGCUAGAUUUUCUCUCGAUUUAUUCUAGGGUUCUUAUUGAUUUCCGCCACCCACUCUCUGUUUUUAGAAUCUUACUUCCGUCUCCUUCGUUUGCUCCUAGGGUUUUCUUCUUUUGUUACCUUCUUCUUCAAUUCAUCUGCGAUUCCUUCUUUUGCCCAAUUUUUCGAUUUUGAUUCUUGCAAAUUUGUAUGUUUGGGGUUAUUAAUUUUGUGUCGGAUUAGCCACGCAGAUCGAAGGUUUUUUUAGCUUCGUAGCUAUUAGAUUUUUCCCAUUUCCGGCGACUUUGAAGCCACGAUAUAUAGAUAGAUAAAUCAGGGAGGUUGCUUAUUAGCAACCGUUGAAGAAAACGUAACGGUUGGUUAAGGUCUUUGUUUGGAUUUGAGGGUAAGGUUUCGUCCGUGACUCUGACGGGCGAGAUUUGCAUGGGUGAGCAUGAAUCAUGGGCGGCUUCUCCGCCGUCACCCACUCUCUUAUAUCCCAACGGUUUAUUGCCAGGCAAGGCUGCAUCUGUGACAAGGCAGCUCGAUGCGGAGCGAUGGGCCAAGGCUGAGGAUAGAACUGCUAAGCUCAUUGCUUGUAUCCAGCCAAAUCCUCCUUCCGAAGAUCGCCGCAAUGCUGUUGCCAGUUACGUGAGGAGGCUUAUCAUGGAAUGCUUCCCUCAGGUUCAGAUCUUUAUGUUUGGAUCUGUACCUCUGAAGACUUAUUUGCCUGAUGGAGAUAUCGACUUAACGGCUUUUAGCGCUAACCAAAACCUGAAGGAUUCUUGGGCGAAUUUGGUUCGCGAUAUGCUGGAAAAGGAAGAGAAGAACGAGAAUGCUGAAUUCCAUGUCAAAGAAGUCCAGUAUAUUCAGGCAGAAGUAAAGAUAAUUAAGUGUCUGGUGGAGAAUAUUGUGGUGGAUAUAUCUUUCAACCAGAUUGGAGGGCUGUGUACAUUAUGCUUCCUUGAGGAGGUUGAUCACUAUAUAAACCAGAACCAUUUAUUCAAGCGUAGUAUUAUAUUGAUUAAAGCCUGGUGUUACUACGAGAGCCGUAUAUUGGGAGCUCACCAUGGGCUUAUUUCGACAUAUGCCCUAGAAACCUUGGUUCUUUACAUAUUUUAUCUUUUCAACAACUCAUUUUCGGGACCCCUUGAGGUCCUCUAUCGAUUUCUUGAGUUCUUUAGUAAGUUUGACUGGCAGAAUUUUUGUCUUAGCCUCUGGGGACCUGUUCCAGUUAGUUCACUACCAGAUGUAACAGCGGCGCCUCCUCGAAAGGAUGUUGGAGAGUUACGAGUUAGUGAAGCGUUUUAUAGAGCUUGUAGUAAAGUUUAUGCAGUUAAUAUUGCUCCUCAAGAGAUACAGGGCCAGCCUUUUGUUUCCAAACAUUUCAAUGUUAUAGACCCUUUGCGUGAAAACAACAACCUUGGACGCAGUGUCAGUAAAGGUAACUUCUUUAGGAUACGAAGUGCAUUUACCCUUGGUGCCAAGAAGUUGGCUAGGUUACUUGAAUGCCCUAAGGAGAAUUUGAUCCAUGAGGUUAACCAAUUUUUUAUGAACACAUGGGAAAGACACGGCAGUGGUCGACGUCCUGAUGCUCCUGGAAAUGACUUAUGGCUAUCAAGACUGGGAGAUCCUGAGUCAUAUCAUCAAGCUGAAAAUGUUAGUAAUUCUUCAAGCAACAAAAGAAACCAAAAUGCCAUCCGUCUUGGUGGGGUUCACGGAGCUCGGAGUAUGCCCUCUCAACAGAAUAACUGUGGAACAGAAAUUAUAUCUAGAGUAACAUAUCAAACGCAAAAGAGUCGAGGCAACUCUUACCAACCUGCUCAGGAUGUCAUUUCCAAUCAAAGUGCUUCAAAUGAUAAGCUUCAGCAAACUGCUAAGCCAGAAACUCUGGUUAAUAAUUUUCAUGGUACGCAUAUUUUUGCCAGAACCCGGUCUAGCCCUGAGCUUACUGAGACAUAUGAUGAAGCUCUUUUACAAUCACGUCGUAGUAGAGCCCCAGAAGCUGGGAAACGCCAAACUAAUUCUACCAGGGUUGAUAAUAUCAGGAAAAUGAAUAUGGAGUCUGAAACUUUGUCAAGCAGUGUUCGAUAUUCGGCCGACUCAUCGUCAGUUAGGCAUACUCCAUCCCCUCGAAGUCCUGAUAGUACUGCUGACAUGAGCAGUGCAGUGAAUAGUUACUAUGAUGAAUUAGGGUCAGUUUCCGUGAAUGAAGACUUCUCUGUUGCAGGGGAACAGGAAGAGCAAGAUCUUGUUAACUCGAUGACAUCUGCUGCUGGGCAAGGUUUUAAUGGACAUUUUCCUUUCCCUUUUAAUUUUUCAACGGGUCACUUACCGUUUCCAAUUACACCUUCUAUCUUAGCUUCAAUGGGAUAUGGUCAGAGGAAUAUGCCUGGUAUUAUUCCUUCUAACCUUCCUUUCAUCGACACACCUUGGAGUACUAAUGUGCAAUUUCCACAAAACUUUGUGUCGCCACCGUUUACCCAUUAUUUUCCCAGUGGAGCCCACCCAAUUUCAGAAAAGCCGAGCAAAACUGGUAGUGAUGACAUGGGGUCUUCAGAAGUGAAUGUCGAUGAGUCUGACAAUGAUCUCUGGCACGAGCCAGAAAGGGGAACUCAUAGUUUUGGACUUGAAAAUGGUGGUUAUGGAAUGCAUCAGGCAGAUGAUAAACAUCAGUCAUCUUUUGCAGAGCACAGUUUUGUACCCUCAAGUAGGAAAAAUCGACUGACAAGGGGAGAUGGUUUCAAAAAUUCCCACUCUCCAGUCAGAGGAAGCAGUCAGAUUCAGAGUGAGGAGAGAACUGCAGGCUCUAGAUCUGUGUCUGGUGCUAGUUCCGUUCGAAGCAGGACUUCAUCUGAAAGCUCUUGGGAUGGGUCAACCACAAGGGGGUCAAAGCCAGCUAAGGAUAGACGGAAUAGGAAAGUUGUGUCUGGGGCUGCAUCUACACUGUAUGGAAAAGGAAAGAGUGUUCCUGAGCACUCAAUCCAGAUUGAUGAUGAUAACAGAGAAUGGAUUCCUGUAUCUAGCAAUGAAAUAAUCGAUAGAGAUCUGGAGCCUCGUCCUACUGUCCCUUCAUUUCAAGUACAGAGGCAUCAAAUACAUGGUCAUGAACUAGCUCAGGCAAGUGGAUCAGAGUCCACAGUGUCUCUUGCUCCUUUUCUCCUUGGCCAUGGCAUGCAACAAAAUGAGGUUGAUAAUUCUGGAUACACGUUUUAUCCCACAGGGCCGCCUGUUCCGAUUGUUGCAAUGCUCCCAAUGUACAAUUACCAAGCUGGUGGUAAUGCGACAUCGGAUACUCUGGCAAGCCACCACAGUGUGGACGAAGGAGUAGAGAAUCAUGAUCCCUGUAAAAGUUUUGACUCGUCCAGGGGACUUGAUCAGUCUGAGAUAGUAGUUUCUUCGCACGCCACUAGAAUUGGCUCUUCUGCAGAACAGGUGGAGCAUAAGAAUGAUAUCCUCAAUGGUGAUUUUAUAAGCCAUUGGCAAAAUUUGCAGUAUGGCCGCUCUUGCCAGAAUUCUCAACAUCCGCCUGUGUUGUAUCCUGCCCCUGUUGUAGUGCCACCUGCUUAUCUCCAGGGGCGUUUACCAUGGGAUGGUCCUGGAAGACCUCUUGCUUACACCAAUGUUGUGAAUCAACUCAUGACCUACGGACCUCGUCUUGUACCGGUUGCUCCUGUACAACCUGUUUCAACCAGGCCACCCAACAUUUACCCUCGUUAUGCUAAUGAAACUCCCAGAUACCGAAGUGGGACGGGGACCUAUUUUCCAAAUCCUAAGAUUUCUCCUAGGGAGCAGCGGCCUACAUCUGGCAUGAGGCGUGGGAAUUAUGGGCAUGACAGAACCGACCAUCAUAGUGAUAGAGAAGGGAAUUGGAAUGCUGGUACAAAGACACGAGGUUCUGGACGUAACCACAACAAUCGUAACCAAGCUGACAAUAAGCCAAGCUCAAGGCAAGACCGAUCUGAUAGGCAUUGGGGGUCGUCGUAUAGGCAUGAGUCGUCCUCCUAUUCUUCUCAUCAUUCUCAAAACGGUCCAAUUCGCUCAAACACUUCACAAGAUGCUUCUGGAAAUAUUGCAUAUGGUAUGUACCGAUUGCCGCCGGGCAUGAAGCAAAACAGUGUGACUUCUUCAGAGGGACACAACGUUCCAUCUGUGAUGAUGUUUUAUCCAUAUGACCAUAAUAAUGUUUACAAUUCACCAUCUGAACACCAUGAGUAUGGGUCUCUUGGACCAGCGGGUGAAGCGCCACAUUUAAAUGACGAGGAUCAGCCAAGGUUUCGUGGUGCUGCUGCUUCUGCUCAUAUGUCUUCACCUGACGAUCCUUCCUCGCCUCACUUCCCCAGGGGAAAGUAACAUCAAUGGUUGCUCAAGUUUAGCUGCAAUAAACUCAAGAACUUAGAAGAAUACUGUACGAUCACAUCACUAGGGUCUUGGAAAUCUAAAGAAGGCAAAAAGUUGUGAAGCCGUGAAAGAAGAGUCAAGACUUGAUAGACCUCAGACCAAUCUCGAUUUUUCUGUUCAAGUGUGCUCUUGAGAGCAACAAAGAAGGAAACCAAGUCAAAGAGGAAUCGGUUAGCGACCCAAGCCUGGUUUGUUCUUUGUAUGUACACUACAAUCAAGCCAAUUACCGCUCAUGAUCAUCGGUUUUAAUCAUCGUUUUCACGGAGACUGCUGCUUGGUUUUAAUAGCCCAGAUGGAUGAAAAAAACGCAGGAACUCUUUCUCAGAUCUAGUACGGUUAGGUAACUUUACUCUUCUUUUUUCCCUUAGCAUUUUAUUUCCAUAGAAAAUGUAGUCUUUUUGCCCACAUAGAAACUAUUAGAAUCCAGGGCUUAUCGUCAACCAUGUUUCUAAAAAUUCAAGAAAUAAUUCCUCUACUAUUUUCAGAAAAAGAAAACAGUACACUUUUUAGCUCUGAUGACGCUUAUUCAGGCCAGGCCUAAAUAGUUUGGGUAUUGCUUUGCUUAUGUUUUCGGCCAUUAGUGGGCUCGAAAGUAUAUAUGAAAAUUUCUGUCGGUUUUUAGUUUGGAAUUAAAGAUGGUUUAACUUCGUCUUUA